UUCCAUUACACUUUUCGAUCUCUCUUCUUCUCUCAUUCAUCAAAAUAUAGAAAACUUCACAUUUCUUCAGAUCUUCUUCUCAUCAUGACCGUUGAUAUCAUGCGUAUACCUAAGAUGGAAGAUCAAACGGCUAUACAAGAAGCUGCUUCACAAGGCUUACAAAGCAUGGAACACUUGAUCCGUAUCCUCUCUAACCCUCCUCAAGAACGUAGUAACGUUGACUGCUCUGAAAUCACUGAUUUCACCGUUUCUAAGUUCAAGAAAGUCAUCUCUCUUCUUAACCGUACCGGUCACGCCCGGUUUAGACGUGGUCCGGUUCAUUCCCCUCCUCCUCCUCCUCCUCCUCCACCGGCUCCGGUUCCGGUUCCAGUUCAGAUCUCUGCUCCGGUUAGUUUCGUUCAGUCAAACCAACAAAGCGUGACGUUAGAUUUCACUAGACCAAGCUCCUUUGGCGCUAAAACAAAGAGCUGCUCUGAGGUGGUUGAGUUCGCUAAGGAGAGCUUUAGUGUAUCUUCUAAUAACUCUUCUUUCAUGUCUUCCGCUAUCACCGGUGACGGAAGCGUCUCUAAAGGUUCUUCGAUCUUUCUAGCUCCGGCGAAUCCAUUGCCUUCUUCAGCUAAACCGCCGCUUUCUGGUCUUCCUUAUAGAAAAAGAUGCUUUGAACAUGAUCACUCCGAGAACUUUUCCGGCAAGAUCUCUGGCUCCGGCAACGGCAAGUGCCACUGCAAGAAAAGCCGGAAAAAUCGGAUGAAGAGGACGGUGAGAGUUCCGGCGAUAAGUGCAAAGAUCGCCGAUAUACCACCGGACGAGUACUCAUGGAGGAAGUACGGACAAAAACCGAUCAAAGGCUCACCACAUCCACGGGGUUAUUACAAGUGUAGUUCGUUUAGAGGAUGUCCAGCGAGGAAACACGUGGAACGAGCAUUAGAUGAUUCAACGAUGCUGAUUGUGACUUACGAAGGAGAGCACCGUCAUAACCAGUCCGCGAUGCAGGAGAAUAUGAUGAUGGCUACUACUCCUAGCGUGAGCGGUUUGGUAUUUGGUUCGGUUUGAAAGAAAAUUUUAGUUUGGUAGAUUUUGUAAUAUUUUGAGAUAAUAUAGGGGUUGGUUUUGUAAUUUUUAAUUUCCCUAAACUAAAUUAGAUUUAUUUGAAAUGUAUUUUUUUAAUCUUAUAACUACCGAGAAAGAAAUUGACAGAAAAAUUCUUACUACAAAAAAAAAAGUGUAUUUUUCUUUCUUUCAUAA